GUUUAUUAUGUUUUAUCAUGUUUACCACUAACUUUGAGGUGGAUGAAAGUCUUUCGGGUAAAGGCAUGCAACCUAAAUACCAAGACGAAGGUUCCGAAGGCAGGAGUCUGGUCGUUAGACGUUAGUACUUUAGAUAAGGUCUACCAUUUUAGCACCAUAUCUUGAGACAGGAAUAGGCAAUGCAACCAGUGCAUGAUAGUACGAACAAAUGUUCAGUGUAUGAUAGUACGAACAAAUGUUCAGUGUAUGAUAGUACGAACAAAUGUCAACAUAUAAAUGGUUAGAAUUAUCUGGGAACUGUUCUUUAAACAGCACCUAGCUACCUUAAAUACGUAGAAAUACAGCCAUGCGCAACAUUUAAGAUACGAUUACAGUGAUAGCAUUGUCAUAUGAAACAGUAGAUCGACAGGGAUUCCUUUCAAUUAACCUGUAUUUAUUGUGGCUUAAAUCUCCUUCGCCAUGACAUUUUAGCAGCAGAGAAAGUAAUCCGUGCAUUAAUAAUAUCAUAGUUAUCUUUGCGACAAGGUAACGAAAUAAUGAUUUUACUACGAAACUGUAGGCGAAAUUGCUUCGUUGUAAACCUUCUAGUGACAUGUUUUGUCAUUGCGAUGUAUAUGCACACCAGGAGUAUUAAAUUAUUCAUAUCUUUUGUAUGCAUGUAAAAACUAUUGUCAAAUGCAAACAAACAGAACUGCAUUAUCAAACAAUAGUUUUCCAGGAAGAACAGCAAUUUCAAGAUAACCCUGAAUUUCAACGUGCUAAAUUCGUUUGUUUUGCACAUGUCGAAUGGAGAGUUAAAUCAUUGAGUUUCACUAUGAGCUCCAAAGGGAUAAAAAAUAUUGAGGUACCUCGGUGUGUGCUAAAUAUCGCAUUGCUGUAUGCAUUCCUGAUUACGGUCAGUCAUUUGUUAGCCUGGGUGACGAUUGCACGUCAUGAGAGAAUUAUUGAGGAGUUAAGGAGAAAUAACGUGAAAGAAAACGAUCAGCUUAUAAGAUCAGCUUCUGAGAGGCUCAGAAGUGAUGAUGGAGAAGACGUUGUAUUGCAAAGUAAUGAUGUGUUGAAGCUUUUUGCUGGAAAGAAGGAAAACAUUGAACAGCGGUCUAGAAGGAAUUUGGACUCCAGCCAAAGGAAAAACAACAGCUCUCAACAGCAGCCAGUGAAAGGACCCAAAGGAAAUAAAGGAGAAAAAGGUAAUAAGGGUGAUCAGGGGUACUUUGGACGGGACGGUUUGCCUGGUCCCCCAGGUCAAAGAGGUGAACGUGGAGACAAAGGUAUGCAGGGACCACAGGGAUAUCAAGGAUUCCCUGGACCUCAGGGAACACCAGGACAACCAGGUGUUAGCGGCAGAAAUGGAUCACCUGGAUCAAAUGGUUUAAAAGGAAUGAAAGGUGAUAAGGGUGAUCAAGGUGAUCAAGGGAGGAUAGGACGAGACGGUAGGGAUGGUACGACUGGACCUCGGGGACAAAGAGGAGAACGUGGGGAUAAAGGUAUGCAAGGACCACAGGGAUUUCAAGGAUUUCCUGGGCCUCAGGGUUCACCAGGACAACCAGGUGUUCGCGGCGAAAAAGGAGCGACUGGAUCAAAAGGAAUCAAAGGAGAUGAAGGGCUUCCAGGUAAAGUAGUCAAGCAUCUUCAUUCAGCCCAUAUUGUUGCUUCGGGAAAGAGAAUAAAAUCAGAAAGUGGUAACAAAGUGAUGAGCCCAAAAGUGACAUGGAAAGCUCAGCACCGAUCUGGGAGAAUGCAUUACAGGAAUGGUUAUCUUACAAUAGGAAUCGAUGGUGUCUAUUUUGUGUAUUGUCAGAUGUUCUAUUAUGAUGGAACUAGUUCAUACAUUGGUUAUGAGGUUUAUCUAGAUGGUAAAAGAAUUCUCAAGGCCGUCCAUAGUGUUGCAAGCAGAACGAGAAAAUACCAAACUCAAUACACUAGUGGUAUUUUUGAAAUAUCGAGAGGACAAAAGAUCUCAGUUGAAUCACCGUUCGCAAAGUAUUAUUAUUUUAAUGAAACAUUGUCUUUCUUUGGAGCAUUUAUGCUGCAUGAAAAACCAACUUAAGCUCCUCACUAACAGGAAUUAACACGUUCUUUUGCAAUAGUUAUGAAUAUGGAUGAUAUAUAUAAUUAUGUAAAAUUGCUAAAGUCAAUUUGUUCGUAUAUUUGCAUGUCACUAUUUUAAAAGUAGAAAAGUGGGAUCAUAUUUCAUAUUUAUAUAUACAUAUAUCAUGCAUUGUAGAUAAUAACAUUAUUUUAUAGCAUUGUAUUAUACAUUACUUUUAGUAUAGUUAUACUCACCCUUUGGAAGUACAAAUUAACCGAUCAAUAACUAAAUUAGCUACAAGAACUUUUUUCGUCGCACACAAGAUAAACUUGCCCCACGAAGUAUGUACCUUAUAUGAGUAGCUUUAUAUAUUAUAGUAUUCCUAUAUAUAUUGCAAAGUAUAUCACACAAAUACAUAAAAUAGUAAAUUCAGCUUCACGCGUGUACUGUAUUUUGGCGGUGUACAAUGGCAAUUAUUUUUAGACCUGAACUUGUGUGAACCGUUAAUUUACAUAAAAUAAAGGGAAGAGUAUAGGUUUAACUGUAAAUAGUUGUUUUUUUCUACUUCCUAGUCACAUACAUUUCCUGAAUGUCAACUAAAAUAUACAAGGCGCGAACAGGAAUAUUGUUUAAACGUGGGUGCAAAUUAAAUUAAUUUUAUUUCGCUUCGCCUCGCUUCGGGUAACAGUAUUACAUAACAUAUAUUGCACUUUCAACUUAAUUGAGUGCUUGAUCACUAGGCUAUCUCGCGAAGCAGCAA